GCCGGUGAGGCGCCGGUGGCUGUUGCCGGAGGUGACCGGGGCGACUGGUCCCGCGUCUCGGGAGGUUCCUGUGCCCACAGGCCGUGGCCUAGCCUGAGCAGAGCAGCUGGAGGCGGGCACCAUGGUGACCGAGCAGGAGGUGGAGGCCAUCGGGCGGACGCUGGAGGACCCUGCACAGCCCCUGCAGACCCGCUUCCGGGCGCUGUUCACGCUGCGGGGCCUGGGGGGCCCGGGCGCCAUUGCCUGGAUCAGCCGGGCCUUCAGUGACGAGUCCGCCCUGCUCAAACACGAGCUCGCCUACUGCCUGGGCCAGAUGCAGGACCCCCGCGCCAUCCCCGUGCUGGUGGACGUGCUGCGCGACACGCGCCAGGAGCCCAUGGUGCGCCACGAGGCGGGGGAGGCGCUGGGGGCCAUCGGGGACCCAGAGGUCUUGGAGCUCCUGAAGGAAUAUUCCACAGACCCUGUGGUGGAGAACAUUCCCGUCACCCUAAAUGAAACCCUCAUCCUGAUCAGCAGUCACCCCCGUGAAUCCACGUCCUGUCCCUGUGGACCGGCCUGUUCUGGACGUUUCACAGAAAUGGAGUCACACGCCGUGUGUCCCUGUGUGUCUGGGUCUCACUGAGCGUGAUGUCCUCAGGGCCCAUCCACACUGCGGCCUGUGUCAGAGCCUCCCUCCUCUUCGUGGCCGGGUCAGGUCCGCGUGUGGACGGGUCACGCCGUGUGUGUCCGCCAUGCCUCAGUGGACACGGUCGUUUCCACCUUUCGGCCGUUGCCUGCUGCUGCUGUGGACAUCGGUCCUUGUGUGGACACGCGUGUUCCUUUCUCCCUGCUGCCUUCCGUGUCCACAGCCCACGUCCCCCAGGCCUUCCCCCAGGCGGCCGGGGGACACUCGACCCAAGCCCGCCGACCCGCCCUGUGCCGGAAGGCCUCCUGGAGUUUCAUACCGUGGGGACCAGCCCCCGGGU